AAUGGCAACCCACUCCAGUGUUCUUGCCUGGAGAAUCCCAGGGACAGCGGAACCUGGUGGGCUGCCGUCUAUGGGGUCGCACAGAGUCGGACACCACUGAAGCAACUUAGCAGCAGCAGCAUCAAGCUCUGUGAGUCCCCCAAAUCCAAAUGGAAAGCCCACUGCCUCCGCAGAGGUAACUGUUGAGUGUGGCUCUUAGUUUUAGAAAUUCUUAAGAUAAUUAUUGCAGCAAAACACAGAACCCUAAAAGUGACUGCCCGUGUACUUUAACGUGACAGAGGUAAAUACUCCUAUUUUGCCGUCUCCAUUCCCUUCAGGGGAUCAGCCCUGGGUCAGGAGGAGCCCCUGGAGAAGGAAAUGGCAACCCACUCCAGGAUUCUUGCCUGAAGAAUGCCAUGCACAGAGGAGCCUGGCGGGCUACAGUCCAAGGGAUCACAAAGAGUUGGACAUGACUGAGUGACUAACACUUCCACACGUAAAAGCGAUUUUGUUGUGUUUCUGGGAAAAAGAAAAAAAAUUUUAAAUUUCCUCCAAAGACAUUAAAGUAUCUGUAGAAACCAUGGCCUGCUUUUAUAAUGUGGAAAUCAGCUGACUUGCUGUGACUCACUCAUCCUUCCUUUUAUUAGAUGGAAAUACUUGUAUCAUGUUUUUCAGAUUCCUUUGAUCAGUUAUAUAUAAAUGUACACUUUUGUUACUUUUGCUGUGCCAGUUAGAAAUAUAUCUCCCAUAAAGGAUUUCUCCUAUUUAAGUCUGAUUAUGUACACUUUGCCUAGGUCUUUCCAAAAUAAAAUUUAUGUAAAUGUAUAUUUUAUAUAAAAUAUGAUGAAAAUAAUUAAGUCUUGUUUCAAUCUCUCAAGUGGUCUGUGGUUAGUACCCACUGAAAUUUAUGUCACCAUUAGGUGCCCACUUUUAAAAUAAAAAAAUACCGUCUUUCCUCCUUUCCCCCAUUGUUCAUUCAUUCGUCGCAUUGUUGUGUGUGCAUGGUGCCUGCUGUCCUUUUCAUGCCGCACAAUGACCAUUUCAGUACUUACCCCUUCCAGAUACCCUCCCCUCAUCUUACUGAGGAGCUGCCUUCACCUCUUUCUUGAUGGUGUAAAUACAAAGUAGAAAACAGGUACUUCCUCAGUAUUCUGCACUCUGUCUGCAAACUUACCUGCAUCUAAUUCUCCCCUCUCUCCUGUUGCUGCAAUGGAAAAAGAGGAUCCUGGGCCCUGGAUAUCACUUUUGAAGAACUUCAUUCUUUAACCCCUUUCUUUUUCUUCUUUAACUUCUUCCUUUUGCUGGCUCUUGUCAGUUCAGUUCUAUUUUAAAACACAGAUACUGGUGGCCACCAUGAAGGUCACUUGGAAAAAACCUUUCCUUUAUUCCUUUUCAUGCGGUAGCUACUACUGCAUCUGUUUAUGUCCUUCACAGCCACUCUAUCAGAAUAAAUUGUCUCCACUCAUUCUAUCUCUGGCCUUCACACUCUGUCUGCAUCCUAGUGAAAUCUGUCCCUGCAACAAAUUCAAAGGAAAUUGCUGUUUCUAAUGUCACCAAUGAUCACUUUACUGCCCAUUCCUAGGCCUUGUGGGAUUUGGGAGACUGUUCUAGAGUUUGAACCAGUGUUUUAGUAGGGAUGGAAAAACAUUUUUUACACAAAACAUUAUGUACCCAUGGUUUACUUAUUGCUCCCGGGUUAGUCUCCUAACACUCCUAAUUUUUCAACUAUCCUUAGAAUUAGGGCAUCAAGCGUCUUGGAACGCCUCCAAUAGCAGAUCACUAUUAUGCUGCCCUAAUGAAAUUAUGUUCAAAUUCAAUGCAGGUUUCUCAAUCUAGUUUGGGAUAGUCCAGCUCACUCUGCUUGACAUCCUUUCCUUUUCUAUAGUUUUGUGGUUUUUCCUUAAGUAAGAGAAUACUUCCAUUCCAGCAUCACCACAAACUCAAUUUAUAUUUAAACCAUCAUCUUACUAGCAAAUUUCUAUCUGAAACUAAUGACUUGGCUUUUGAUAUGUAUGCAAUUCACAAUGAAUGACUCUUUUUCUAUUUAAUGGAAAGGCAUUAUUUUUUUAUGGCUGUAAGGGAACAAUCCUCUGUAUUAGAAGGACAAGGUCUCAUUUAAGGCUGGGAGUUUGAACUCUGGAAACAAAGGGAGCUAUGCUGUAACAGGAAAUGAUGUCCAACCCCAUGGAGACUUCAGGUCUGAAACAAAACACUAAUGAUCCUGCAAAGCUGUGUGUGUACCACGUGUACAAGACUGCAAGGGGACACGGUUUCUGAGCUUCAUGAGAAAGUUAGCCAUGAACUUGAACAUUGUGGGUCCAACUUGCAUUUUUUCCUUCCUUCUCUCUCAUUUUUUAAGAGCUUUGUAGUAGCUUUAAUAUGACCUACUCUUGCUAAGAAAAAGAGAGGAGUUUGGGUCCAUUUGGAGAAUCUGAGCUUUUUUGGAGAGUAGUGAGUCCCUGAGGCCACAAAUGGUUAUGGUAACACUUGUGAGAUUGCUACAGUAAAAGCGAAACUCAGAGAUAAGCGUGUUGAGGGCUACUACCUGGAGGUAACCUGGAGAACUCAGGUGUAGUUGUAUAUCUUCAGGAAAGAGCUGUUUACCUUACCAAGCCCCCUCCUGGUGUUCCCCCAACACUCAAGCUCAAAACCUGGGAGUCAUCUACUCAAACUGUCAUCCAAAUUGUAUUUGCUUAAAACGAUGCUACCCUCAAAAACAAUUCAGUCCAACAGAACUAUAUGAUGACGACUGUGUUUUGUAUCUGUGCUGUCCAGUAUGGUAGCCACUAGCUACAGGUGGCUGGUGAGCUCUUAAAGUGUAGCUAGUGUGACUGAGGAACUCAGUUUUUAUUUUAGCUAAUAUUAAUUUGAAUAACCACAUAUGGCUAAUGUCUACUCUAUUGAAUAGUACAGCUGUAGAGCUUUUCAGUCCCCACUCCAGUACUCCUGCCUGGAAAAUCCCAUGGAUGGAGGAGCCUGGUAGGCUGCAGUCCAUGGGGUCUCUAAGAGUCGGACACGACUGAAGUAACUUAGCAGCAGCAGAGCUUUUCAGUGAUCUAAGACUUGAGAUAUAAAAAUCACAGAAACUCCUUUUAGGUUCAUGAAACAAAAAGGUUUGAGAUGGUAUGUCUCAAGUUUGGGUGUCAAUCCCAUUCUUUGAGCUUUUUGCCCCAGGUUCCCAGUUCACCUUCUGCUCCUUCUUCCCUCAGCUGUCACCUGCCUGUCACUGUACCUGCCUACACUUUGAUCAUCUCUGUUUUCCUGUCCUUCUGUCUACCACUUGUCUCCCUGAUUUGUUUACCCUUCUACCUCAAGGAGCUUUUAUUUCUAUUUUAUACAGAAGUGAGACAAUUGGGCCUGGGUGUCUAGGUUAGUUAAUAUAUAUAUAGUGUUCACUUAACUUUGUCCUCAUUUUUUGAUAAAUUAUAAAUCAAUUACAAAUUCUAGCUGUAUUCCUCUCCCAACCUCAAGAUAAUUUGUUACAAAUUACUAGAAAAUGAUAUUGAUUGAAAAAAUGCUAACAUGCAGUGAAUUCAUUUUAACAAUCUUAAAUGCUGGAUCCCACAGCUUUGGUCCAUUCCACUGAAGCUGAUGAUAACAGACACCCAGAAAAGGAGUAGGGCAGAAUUCUGAUCGUUCAUAUCCAGUCCUUUUGAAAACUCAGGAGUGUCAAGGUCUUCAACAAGCCUUUUAGACGCUGGUGGGAUCUUUAAUACUCAAACUUUCAAGAGUCUUCCUCCUUUCGGGGUCAGCCUGCGUGUGUCCUGCAUGGGUGCCCGGCUUCCUUUACCCUGGGACUUGGGCCACAUUCCCUGACUGGGAACAGAAUUCACCUGCGCCGAGAAUUCUAGGCCAUUGAUCCCCUUGGUCCCGCAUCUGUCCUAGCAUCUCCUGCAUCUGAUUCUGGCUCGCCUGCAAGUUUUACCUCGCGCCUGUUUGCAGGAGUGAAUGGCGGGGACGCGAUGACACCUGGGCGGCCGAAGAGCAGCUGCGGCUGGGCUGGUCCUGAGGAGGGACACCUGCGCGCCCGGCUGCGCGGUAGAUGCGCCACCCACCCACCACCCCCGGCUCGGAAGGAUGGAGUGAUGUAGGCAGGCGCUUCCGGGAGCUCAGAGCCCAGUGAGGCCGGAGCGCUUCUCUUCGCUGGUUUGCAGCGCCUGCGUCUGGGCGAAGAUGGACCGGUCACCACGCGCGGAAGCCAUACGCGCAUUGCCCGGGGCUGUUUCACUCCUGCUGCUGCUGUUGCUGGCGGUCCACUCCCCGCCCAGCCGAGGACUGAAGUACGGAAUUCGUGCAGUUGAUUUGAAAAGUAUAGAAACUGUCUUCGAAUCUAGGUUCUUCUCUAGAAUUAGUAGUUGGAGAAAUUCAACAGUUGGUGGACACCCAUGGCAGGUCUCCCUGAAAUUAGGUGGACACCACUUCUGUGGAGGAAGUUUGAUUCAAGAUGAUCUGGUUGUUACAGCAGUACAUUGCCUGAUUGGCCUCAAUGAGAAGCAAAUUAAGAGUCUGACAGUGACUGCUGGGGAGUACAACCUCUUUCAGAAGGAUAAGGAGGAACAAAAUAUUCCUGUCUCAAAAAUUAUUAUCCAUCCUGAAUACAACAGACGUGGAUAUAUGAGUUUUAAUAUUGCCCUGCUGUAUCUAAAACUCAAAGUCAAGUUUGGAACUACUGUUCAGCCUAUCUGUAUUCCCCAUAGAGGUGAUAAAUUUGAAGAAGGAAUUUUUUGCAUGGCCAGUGGAUGGGGCAAGAUUUCAGAGACAUCAGAAUAUUCAAAUAUCCUACAGGAAGUGGAAGUUCCCAUUAUGGAUGACAGAACAUGCGGUGCCAUGCUCAGGGCCAUGAACCUUCCUCCCCUGGGGAGGGACAUGUUGUGUGCCAGUUUUCCUGAUGGGGAAAAGGAUGCCUGCCAGAGGGACUCUGGAGGCCCACUUGUUUGUAGAAGAGAUGAUGGAGCCUGGGUUCUUGCUGGGAUAACUUCCUGGGCAGCUGGUUGUACUAGAGUUUGGAAUCCUUUCAGAAAUAAGCAGAGAAAGGCAUCACCUGGCAUUUUCUCCAAGGUAUUUGUGUUGAUGGAUUUUAUCACACAGACCAUGACAGACUCUUUAAACAAAAUUGGAUCAACAUCAUUUCCCAAAACCAAUCCUAGAUCUUCUGCAAAAGUUAUUCCAUAUGGUGUCUGUGGCAUCCCUCCAUUUAGUCCCCAGUGGCUUUCUAGAAGAAUUGCAGGAGGAGUAGAAGCCUGCCCCCACUGUUGGCCAUGGCAGGUGGGUUUGAGGUUUCUCGGCAAUCACCAGUGUGGAGGUGCCAUCAUCAACUCGAUUUGGAUUCUGACUGCAGCGCAUUGUGUGCAAUCGAAAAACAAUCCACUCUUCUGGACCAUUGUUGCUGGAGAUCAUGACAGAACCUUGAAGGAAUCAACUGAGCAGGUGAGAAGGGCAAAACACAUCGUGAUGCAUGAGGACUUCGACUCACUGAGCUAUGACUCUGAUAUCGCCCUGAUCCAACUGAGCUCUGCCCUAGAAUUCAACUCAGUGGUGAGGCCAGUAUGUCUUCCACACAGCUUGGAGCCUCUGUUUUCUUCUGAGAUUUGUGUUGUGACUGGCUGGGGAAGUGCUAGUAAAGAUGGUGGUCUAGCAAGUCGCUUACAGCAGAUUCAAGUGCCUGUGUUAGAAAGAGAGGUCUGUGAACGCACUUACUAUUCAGCCCAUCCAGGAGGAAUCUCAGAGAAGAUGAUCUGUGCUGGCUUUGCAGCAUCUGGAGGGAAAGAUGUGGGUCAGGGAGAUUCUGGUGGACCGUUAGUGUGUAAACAUGAAAAAGGUCCAUUUGUCCUCUAUGGCAUUGUCAGCUGGGGAGCUGGCUGUGCCCAACCAAGGAAGCCAGGUGUAUUUGCCAGAGUGAGUGUCUUCCUGGACUGGAUUCAAUCCAAAAUCAAAGAUGCAGGUCCUGUUUUACUCCAGAUAAAAAAUGAAAGCAAAAUCUUAACAAGACAACAACUGCCACCACCCACACCCUCAAGAGACAGUGCAUCUGGGCCAGGCUGUUACUCUGAAGUGGAGUUAGAAGAGCCCAGAGGCUUUUUUUCAUCUCCAAGAUAUCCACUGGAUUAUAGAGGAAAACUGGAAUGUUCUUGGGUGCUCCGAGUUUCACCAAGCAGUAUGGCAAAAUUUACAGUUGAGUAUCUGUUACUCCCUGGGUCUCAUAUGUGUCAAGAUUCAGCUCUGAUUAUUUAUGAAGAAAACCACAGUGAGAGAAGGAUGUCAGGUAAAUUAUGCGGAAGAAGGCUUUAUCCAGUGGUUUUCAUGAGCUCUGGACCACUGGUGAGGGUGACAUUUCAUUCCAGUGUGCAAGGUGCUUUUGGCAUAAAUUAUAUUGUCUUUAGAGUCCAAGGUCCAAAGGGCAGUAAAAGCACCCAGUCUCUUCAGAGUUCAAACCAAGAGCAUGUGGCCACUUGUGAGGAUGUUAUUCUGACCAAACCAGCAGGGAUCAUACAAUUCCCGAGAUAUUUUCACAGAACCAUUAUGAGCUGCCACUGGAGAUUACUAGCCCCUAUAAAUCAUAUCAUUCGCCUUGAUAUUAUCAGCUUCCAGAAGCAACCAGUGCCCUUGGCCUGUCAGGGUGACCUGUGGGUUUAUGAAGGAUUUGGAUCAGGCAAAAAAUUAAUAGGAAAUCUAUGUGAAGGAGAUUCACCUUCAUUAAAGUCUCAUGGUCCUCUUAUGAUGUUGAUUUUCACAUACAAUGCAAGUUUGGCCAUGGAAGAAUUUUCUUUGAGAUAUUCUUUUCAUAUGUCUGGUUCCAUGAGAGGAAACAUUAAAGUUAAUGGUAAAGAGGAUAAAGGAGGGUGUCCAAUAUUGGAUCUGAUUGCAGUUAGUUCUUUUGAGAUCACAUCUCCCAAUUAUCCUAACAUUUAUCCUAAUAUGCUGAACUGCACUUGGACUUUUUAUUCUAUAUCUGGAAAUAAAAUGAAGGCAUUGAUUAAAGAUUUUAUAAUGGAAGAAUCUUGGAACUGUGAAUGGGAUUAUUUCAAUAUUUAUGAUGGACCAGAUCAGCAAUCAAGAUUACUUGCUCAUUUAUGUGGCUCUAAGAAAGAAUUUGUCUGGAUAUCCAGUGGUGCUUACCUAACUGUGAAUUUGAAAACUGAUGAGUCUGUGGGAGAAAGAGGUUUUAAACUGAUUUUGGAAGAUAUGACUCAGAAGCCAUCACAGAAAAGAAAUAUUGGGAUCCAACUGCCUAUUAAUGGGCUUACAGUAGAAAACAAUACCAGAAGACAGCCAGCUCAAGACUCAUGUGGCGUUCCAUUUGUUGACCCAUUUCUCAGUGAAGGGUUUGAGAGGAAUACAAAUAUCUUGCCUGCAGAGGUCGGGGAGCCCAGGGUGGUUGGUGGCCGUGCAGCCGCGGUGAUGUCGUGGCCCUGGCUGGUCAGUCUGCAGCACCAAGGCCAUCACUACUGUGGAGGCGCUCUGAUUGGGAGGCGGUGGGUCCUGACAGCAGCACACUGUAACUUCAGUACUGUCACAGACUACCUGGUAAUAGGAAGAAGUUACCUGGGGAAUAUAAGAAAUAGUGAUUUGAUACCAGUGAAAGCUGUGUACAUUCACCCCAGCUUCACACAAUUUCCUCCUAACGAUGAUCUAUCUUUGCUGCAUCUGGAAAAACCUGUUGAACUAGGAGAGUUUGUAUCUACAAUCUGUUUGCCAGGGAAAGAUGAUAAAAUAAAUUUACUUUCCAAAUGUUUGACUGCCGGAUGGGGAAUAACUGAACCUCAUCAAGAUGAAUUUCCUAAAACUGUGCAGCAGGCAAAGGUACCACUGAUCAGUAGUAUAUCUUGUCGAAGCUACUGGGGACUGGAAAUUAAAAACACUAAUAUAUGUGGAGGGGCUUCCGGAUCAUCCUCCUGUAUGGGAGAUUCUGGAGGACCACUGCAGUGUGGUGAGGGUGGGCAGUACAAGCUCAUCGGUAUUGUGAGCUGGGGCAGCAGUAACUGCCAUCCUGCUGCACCAACAGUCUUCACCAGAAUUUCUGCCUACACAGACUGGAUCACAUCCAUCACUGGAGGAGAAGCAGGAUCACUGGGAGACCAACCUGGUGGGACUGUGAUCACAAGUGGGAAAGGAAAUACAUAACCACAUAUCUGGAAAAUAUGUCUCUUGUCAUUGCUAAAAAAAACUCAAUGUCACUUCUCCCAACUUUUGUCAUUGAGGAGCUUGGAUUUGGUGUAUAAAUACAUUCAAUAUUAAACAUUGGUCACAGAAAGUUAA